AUGAGUUGGGCUCUGGAGGAGUGGAAGGAGGACCUGCCUACAAGAGCCCUUCAGAAAAUUCAAGAGCUNGAAGGACAGCUUGACAAGCUGAAGAAAGAAAGGCAACAAAGACAGUUUCAGCUGGAGACUCUGGAGGCUGCGCUGCAGAAGCAAAAGCAAAAGGUUGAAAAUGAGAAAACAGAGGGGGCAAGCCUGAAAAGGGAGAACCAAAGUCUGAUGGAAAUGUGUGAGAAUCUGGAGAAGACAAAGCAGAAGAUUUCUCAUGAGCUUCAGGUCAAAGAGUCACAAGUGAAUUUUCAGGAAGGACAACUGAAUUCAAGCAAAAAACAAAUUGAAAAACUGGAACAGGAACUUAAAAGCUGUAUCCCACACAUUGAAUUUAAUCGGUCCUCUUUUGGUGUGAAACACGAGAGGAUGGACUUCCACACCCAAGGUGGAUACAUACUUCUCGAAUUCACCAGUCAGAUGACGUUUCACGAACGUUGUUUUGCCAGUACCACCAUCACCCACCAACACGAGUUUGAAUUGGACUUGGGGUUCUCCUUGGGCGGCCAUUGGGAUGGUUCUUCCAGAAGCAAGGCAAGCCCUGCUCUCUCACAUAACACCAUGAGUCACCGAGAGAUUGCACGACAACAGACUUCGUCUUCUGUGUUCUCAUGGCAACAAGAGAAGACCCCAAGUCGUGCUCGGAAAGUUCCCAGUAGAAAUUUCUCUGCAUCUCUCUUUGAUGGGGAACAAGAGGUGACUCCAAGUAGACCGGCCUCUCAGAUGGCGAAGGGUGAUGUGAAUAGCAGCUUCUGUGAUAACUCCAGCAAUUUGCAUGUACUGGAUCAACUGAAAGCCCAGAAUCAAGAACUAAGAAACCAAGUUAAUGACUUGCAGCUACGUCUACAAGGACAAGAAAAAGAAAUGAAGAGCCAAGUGAAUAAGUUUCAAGAACUGCACCUUCAGCUGGAGACAGCUAAAGUGGAAUUAAUUGAAAAAGAGAAAGUUUUGAACAAAACUAGGGAUGAACUUGUGAGAACAACAGCACAGUAUGACCAGACAUCAACUAAGUGUAUUGCAGUGGAACAAAAACUGAAAAAACUGACUGAAGAUUUGAGUUGUCAACGGCAAAAUGCAGAAAGUGCCAAAUAUUCUUUGGAACAGAAAAUCAAAGAAAAAGAAAAGGAGUUUCAGCAGGAGCUCUCUUGCCAACAGAGGUCUUACCAAACCCUAGACCAAGAGUGCACUCAGAUGAAAGCCAAACUCAGUCAGGAGCUACAGCAAUCCAAGAAUACACACAAUAGCCUGCAGGCUGAGCUGGAUAAAGUCACCUCAGUAAAGCAGCAGCUAGAAAAAUCAUUAGAAGAGUUGAAACAAAAAUUCUGCAGAAAUGAACAGGCACUAGAGGUGAGCCAGGCCAAAGAGAAUGAGCUGAGGAGAAGCAGUGAGGAAAUGAAGAAGGAAAACAGCCGCCUGAAGAGUCAGUCUGAGCAAAGGACCCAGGAAGUCUGCUGCUUAGAAGAAGAACUCAAGAAGACCAAGCAGUGUUUAAACCAGAGCCAGACUUUUGCAGAAGAAAUGAGAGCUAAGAAUAUGUCUCAAGAAACAUUAUUACGAGAUCUCCAAGAAAAAAUAAACCAGCAAGGAAACUCCCUAACUUUAGAGAAACUGAAGCACACCUUGGCUGACUUAGAAAAACAACGAGAUUGUUCUCAAGAUCUUCUGAAGAAGAGGGAACAUCACAUUGAACAACUGAAUGAAAAGUUACGCAAAACAGAAAAAGAAUAUCAAACUUUAUUCAGUGCUUUAGAAUUAAAAAAGAGAGAGUAUGAGGAAUUAAAUGAAGAGAAAACUUGGUUUGCUCGUUGGAAAAGUGAAAAGGAGCCACUUUUAAGUCAGAAGGAAUCGGAAAAGGAAAGUUUGCAGAGUAAAAUUAAUCACUUGGAAAAUUGUCUCAAAACCCAGCAAAUAAAAAGUCAAGAAUACAAUGAGAGAGUGAAAACAAUGGAAAUAGAAAGGGAAAACCUCAAUGUUGAGACCAGAAACCUUCACAAUUUGAUUGACAGCAAGACUAUGGAAAUAGAAGCACUGAAACAAGCUUAUACUGAACUGCAGCAGAAAGCUGAGUCCUCAGACCAGAAACAUAAGAAGGAAAUGGAAAAUAUGUGCUUGAAAACUUCCCAGCUUACUGGGCAAAUUGAAGAUCUGGAACUCAAGCUUCAGGCGCUGUUGAGUGAAAUAAUGAACAAAGACCAACAGUACCAAGACUUAAGUGCUGAAUAUGAGAACUUGAGAAAUCUAUUAAAAUCCAAAGACUCUUCUCUUGAAAUAGAUGAUCAUCAUCACAGAAGCCUUUUGGCUUCUGAACAGCAGCCUGCAAUGAAUAAUUCCUUUACAGAAGUGAUUGGGGAACAAGGAAUUAUGCCUUUAGAUGAAAGUGAAGGCCUUUUCGAAGCACACCAAAGUCCCAUACAAUCAGCUGCCUUACAAAACAGAGUCAUUUCACUUGAGGUUUCAUUAGAGUCUCAAAAGCAGAUGAACACUGGGCUGCAGAAGCAGUGUGAAGAGUUGGUGCGUAUAAAAGGAGAAAUAGAAGAAAAUCUAAAUAAAGCAGAACAGAUGCAUCAAAAUUUUGUGACCGAGGCAAAUCAGCGCAUUAAUAAGUUACAAGAAGACACUUCUGUUCAUCAGAAUGUGGUUGCUGAAACUUUAGUUGCUCUUGAGAACAAGGAAAGAGAGCUGCAACUUUUGAGUGAAAAAUUAGAAACACAGCGAGCCGAGUGUCAGGAACUAAAAGAGAGCAAUAGUCUACUUGAGCACUCUUUAAAGGAGCUGCAAAUUUUGUCUGAAAGCCUGAGUUUGCAGAAGGAGGAGAUGAAUUCUGUCCUUGCUCGAAAUAAACUUCAAAUUGAAGAGCUUACCCAAGAGAAUGGAACUCUCAAGGAAAUGAAUGGAACCUUAAAUCAAGAGAAAAUGAGCUUACUACAGAAAAGUGAGAGUUUUUCCUGUUGUAUAAAUGAAAGAGACAGACACAUUUUAGAGUUAUCUGAUCAAUACAAGCAGGAAAAACUCAUUUUACUACAAAGAUGUGAAGAAACAGAAAAUGCAUUUGCCAGUCUUAGGGAAAACUAUGAAGCCAUAAAAGAGGAGAACUCUAGAUUAGAAUUGUUGCUCAAUGAUUGUGAAAAUAAGAAAACUGAGUUGGAGCAACUGAAAGAGACAUUUGAAAGGGAACACCAGGAGCUCUUAAAGAAAUUAACUUUAGCUGAAGAAAGAAACCACAGCCUAGUGUUGGACUUGAGUACUGUGACACACAAUCAGGGAUCUGAGAUUACAGACAUCCCAAACAAUUCCAAGAGUAAGGCUGAUGGUUUAAGGCAAGAAAUCGUGAUGUUAAAGGUAGACCAAAGUACCAUGCCAAAGGAAGUUGGUACCUUGUUAGAAGAGAAUGAACACCUGAUAAAAUUAACGAACCCUAAGACUGGGCUUGAGAAUCUAGAAUUUGAGCCAGUCAGUGACUCUGUGAAAGAAAGAGAGUGUGAGAGAAAUAAAUGUAAUGUUGAGAGUCACAUGGAUCUUGACAUGGAGGACAGUUACAAUGCACAAGUAAGUCAGUUAGAAGCUGUGAUCAGAAAUAUGCAACAAAAACUCCAGGAAAGUGAGAAGGAGAAGGUGAGUCUGCAGCAAGAAGUAGAUAUAAUUAGAGGAGUGUUAGAAACCAGCAGUUUGCGGCAGGAGAUUCAGGCACAAGACACAACUGACCUUAAAGUCUGUGAAGUUGGUACAGACGCAAAGUGUCUUGCAGAGCUUCAUGAUCUGUCCAGUCAAAAUGACAUUACACACCUACAGUGCACACUACAAACAGUAAUGGCCAAAGUAAAUGAGCUAGAGACCAUGUGUGAAGUGCUGCAGGGUGAAAAGAGUGAGCUAACAUCUGCACUGAAUGACUCAAGGUCAGAAUGUAUUACAGCAACGGCCAAAAUGGUAGAGAAGGUAACAAAAUUAGUACAUGAAGUGAAAGUAAUAAAUGAUGGAAAUGGUCUUCUCCACGGCCAAUUAGUGGGGCAGAAAGCAAGAAACGAAUGUGGUGAACAAAAUGAGAAGUCUCUGUCCUUGAAUCCUUUGGAUGACAGUACUAUCUAUGAGCACCUGACUUUGUCAAACAAAGAACUUCAGAUGCAUUUUGCUGAGUUACAAGAGAAAUUAUCAUCUUUACAAAGUGAACAUAAAACUUUAUAUCAACAGCACUACCAAAUGAGCUCAGAGGUGUUAGAACUGCAGUCCUAUGUUGACACGUUAAAGGCUGAAAAUUCAGCCUUGUCAGUGAAUCUGAGGCACUUUCAAGAUGACCUUGUGAAAGAUGUGACAUUAGGGCCUGAGGAGGGCCGUUGUCUGUCACUGUCAUUCUCUUGUGUGACUGACAGCCCUUUUUUAAAAAGCUUUGGUGAAUCAUCUUUUUGCAGAGGGCUUUUGGAACAGACAGGAGAAAUCUCUAUCUUGAAUAAUUUGGAGGAUAUUUCAGUGAACCCAGCUAAUGCAGGUGAAAUAUCCUUCAGUAGUCCGGAGGCAGCGAGUCAAAUCAAGAAAGAAGUUUCGUCGACUCCUGGAAAGAAUAUACAAGAACUGGAAAGCCUCUGUCACAUGUAUCUGCAGUCCCUCAAGAAGCUAGAAGACCAACUUGAGCAUCAAACGAUUGUGAAAAAUAAGGAAAUCCAGGAGCUUGAACAGUUACUAAGUUCUGAAAGAAAAGAACUUGACAACCUCCGAAAGCAAAGUAGAUCUGAAAAUGAACAGUGGCAGCAGAAGCUGAAAAGUGUGACUAUAGAGAUGGAGUCCAAGUUGGCUGCAGAAAAGAAACAGACAGCUCACCUAUCCCUUGAGCUCGAAGUCGCCCGGCUCCAGCUCCAAGGUCUUGACCUGACCUCACGGUCUUUGCUCAGUGCUGAACUAGAAGAUAUAAUUCCGGGUGAAAAUGAAAGUUGUGACAGAAAAGAAUCAGAAGAAUAUACUCCAAAAUCUAAAGGAAGGAUGCCAAAGGAUUGCAUUCUUCAGAUUUGUGAAAAAAAUGUUCAGGACUUUAGUCUAGACACUGAGAAAAUGACUGAGACUGGUGCAGACAGCCAGGUGGAAGAACAUUCGAGGGACUUGCUGGAAACCAGUUAUGGAACUGCAGCAGAAGAUAAGAUUCCAAGAUCUCCAGGGUGCCUUUCUGAACUGUCUCUUUCUGUUCCUAACACUUUGGCACCCAUGGACUUUUUGGAGAGUCAGGCCAUCAUUCAGAAUCUUCAGCAACAGGUGGAAGAAACAUCCAAUGAAAAAUUGGAAUUACUUCAUGUCUUAGAGGAACGUGACAAAAAACUUGAAACUUUACGAAAUGAAAUCAAUGAGUUAGACUCAAAACUCAAUUUACAGAAUGUACAGCUAAUUACCAAGAUUGAAGCAUCCAUAGAAUUGGAAAAAAGAAUUGAGGAGUUCAAUAAAGAAAAAUCAGACUUAGGUGAAAAAUUAGAAUCCUUUUCCCAGGAUAAACCAGAGUUCCAUCAAAAAGUAAGAGCUUUGGAAGACAUUGAUUCUAAUUUAGAAAUGACGGAGAAACAGUCCAGUCAAGUGACUGAAGAUAGUGCAGGCAUGGUGACUGACAACUGGAAAGAGAAAUUCCUUAAUGUAGAAGAUGAGCUGGAGAGAAUGAGAGUGGAGAAAGUCAGCAUGGAGCAUCGUGCUCACACCAUGGAAUCUAACUUAGAGACUUUUCAGUCAGAAAAGCUAUACUUAGAAAAAGACAAUGAAAAUAAGCAGAAAGUGAUAACACACCUUGAAAAAGAACUCUCUGUGGUCACAACAGAAAGGAAUUGGCUUCAUGAAGAACUAGACACUGUGUCAAGAGAAAACAAAGAACUGAAUCAGAUGUCUGAAAGCCUGAAGGAAAAGCUACAAGAGCUUGAGUCUCGUCAUGGUGAGUGUGCCCAGCACAUUGAAGUUGUGAAGGCUGAACUGAAGGAGAAGGCAGCACUCCUUCAGGCUUUGUCAUCUGAUGCAAGUGGACUGUCACAGGAGAAAGCUCAUCUCCAGGAGCAGUUGCACACUCUGGAGAAGUCGUCACAAGCCUUGUUUUUGGCAAAAGGUGAGCUGGAAAACCAAGUUGGACAAAUGAGUCAAGAGAGAGACUUGCUGGUUAGGGACUUAGAAAGCCUGCAGAACAAACUGACCGAACUCGAAAAUGAAAAGACAACCCACUCGAAGGCUUUAGAGGCUGCCUUAGUGGAAAAAGGAGAGAUUGCUACGAGACUGAGCUCAACACAAGAUGAGGUGCACCAGCUCAGAAAUGGCAUUGAAAAACUGAAGGUCCGCAUUGAGGCCGAUGAGAAAAAGCAUUUUCAUGUCUUAGAAAAACUGAAGGAGAGUGAACACCUUUCUGAUUCCCUUAAGGAUAAAGUAGAGAAUCUUGAAAGGGAGUUGCAGAUGUCAGAGGAAAACCAAGAGCUUGUCAUUCUUGAUGCUGAGAAUACCAAAGCAGAAGUAGAGACCUUCAAAGCAAAAUCUGAAGAAAUGGCAGAAAUGUUGAAAGGUGUAGAAUCAGAUCUUGACACGCUCAGGGCUGAGAAAGAAAAUCUUACAAAAGAACUACAAGAAAAACAAAGUCAGGUUUUGGAAUUAGAGCCCUUGCUUUCCUCACUUAAGAAUCUAGUAGAAGAAAAGGAACGAGAGAAAACACAGAUGAAAGAGGAGUAUAAGACUGCAGUGGCAUUGCUUCAGACACAGUUGAAGGAGCUAAAUGUGGAAAUAGCAGCCUUAUGUAAUGACCAAGAAACAUGCACAGCCCAAGCAGAGACUUUGAGCUUGGUGGGGGAGGAAGUGCAUCAGCAGAGAAAGAACAUUGAAAAACUCAAAGCCCGCAUUGCAACAGAGGGAAAACAGCACUUCCAGAUCUUAGAAAAGCUGCAGGAAAGUGAGCACAAUGCAGAUUUGCUUAAGAAUAGAGUUGAGGAGCUGGAAAGAGAACUGGAUGUUGCAGGGAAAAACCAAGAAGUUGUCAGUCUUGAUGUUAAGAAUUCCAAAGCUGAAGUGGAAACUCUCAGAGCGCAAAUAGACAAGAUGACUGAGAGCUCCCAAAGUUUAGAAUGUGAUCUUGUCACGAUAAAAUCAGAAAAAGAAACUCUGACAAAAGAGUUACAGGCCAUGCAAGAACGGGUAUCUGAAUUAGAAAUGCAGAGUUCUUCAUUUGAAAAUUUACUGCAAGAGAGAGAGCAAGAAAAAGUAAAAAUAAAAGAAGACUCCAAGACAGCAAUGGAGUUGCUUCAGGCACAAGUGAAAGAGCUAAAAGAGAAAGUAGCAACUCUGUGUCUUGACCAACAAACACACAAAACCCAAGAACAGAAUCUGAAUAGUCAAGUAAAUUCUCUUGAAUGUGAGAAAGCACAGUUGCUCCAAGACCUGGAAGAGGCCAAAACAAAUUGUGUGUGUUUGCAGUCUUCUGUGGAUGACCUCAGUAAAGAAGUUGAAGAUGGCAAACACAACCUAGAGAAGAAGCAUGAAGAAAUCGGCAUGCUAAAAAAUCAAAUUCAAGACCAAGAGCAGCUGCUCUCUAAACUGUCCCAAAUGGAAGGUGAGCAGCAACUUUGGGAGAAGCAAAGAACAGAAUUGGGAAAUCUAACAAUGGAAUUAGAGCAGAAGGUCCAAGGGCUGCAAUCCAAAAACGCAACUCUCCAGGCUACUUUGGAAGGGCUGCAGAAUUCUAACAAGGAUCUUGAGACGGAGCUUGAGUUGGCGAAAGUGGAAAAGAUGUCCUUUAUUGAAAAGGUAAACACAAUGACUGUGAAGGAAAUGGAGCUGCAGAGAGAAAUGCAUGAUAUGGCACAGAAAACCACAAUAUCAAAAGAAGAAUUUGAUAGAGAGAAAAACAGACUCAGCGAAGAGUUAAGAUUAGUGUCAGAAGAAAUAAACAGCAGCAAAGUUCAGUUGAAGGAGCUCAUGCUAGAAAACAGUGAAUUGAAGAAAAACUUGGAUUGUGCACACAAAGACCAGAUGGAAAAGGAAGGGAAAUUAAAGGAAGAAAUCGUUGAAUAUGAGCAGCGCCUUCAGGAAGCUGAGAAGAAACACCAGACGUUGCUUCUGGAUACAAACAAACAGCAUGAAAUGGAGAUCCAGACUUACCAAGAGAAAUUGACUUCCAAGGAGGAAUGUCUUGGCUCACAGAAGUUGGAGAUGGACCUUUUGAAGUCCAGUAAAGAGGAACUCACUAAUACUUUAAAGGCUACCAAUCAGAUUUUAGAAGAAUUGAAGAAAACCAAGCUGGACAAUCUAAAAUAUAUAGAUCAAUUAAAGAAGGAAAAUGAACAUACCAACGGGAAAAUAAAAUUGUUGAUGAAAUCCUGUAAACAGAUGGAAGGAGAGAAGGAAACUUUACAGAAAGAACUGUCUCAUCUUGAAGCUGCGCUGGAAAAGCAGAAAGCAGGUGCUGUUGUGGAUGUUAAUGCAGACGAAUUAAUGACUCAGAUUAAAGAACUGAAGGAAACUCUUAAAGAAAAAACCAAGGAGGCAGAUGAAUGCUUGGACAAAUACUGUUCUCUGCUGAUAAGCCACGACAGUUUGGAGAAAGCUAAAGAGAUGUUAGAAACACAGGUUGCCCGGCUGAGUUCUCGGCAGUCUAAAUGUAACCUACUAAGUUCAGCUGUUCCAGAAUCAUCUCCAGUCCUGCCUGUUGCUGAAAUGAUGUUAUCAGGUGGCCAAAAUAAGACUUUAGGAAAGAGGCAGAGGUCCAGUGGAAGUAAGGAGCAUGGUGGCAGAUCAGCGCCUUCCACACCAGAAACCUCCUCUAAAAAGAGAAGGAAAGCCACCAGAAGUGGUAAUCAGUUUGCAGAGGACACAGAAGGCACUGAGUAUGUGCCAGAGGGGAUGCCAGAGGUCGUAAAGAAAGGUUUUGCUGAUAUCCCAACCGGUAAGACAAGUCCGUAUGUGCUGCGGAGAACGACCAUGGCCACCAGGACCAGCCCCCGCCUUUCUGCUCAGAAGUUAACCCCUGUAAGUCUCCAGAAAGAAAACCUUACAGAGCUCUCCAAACAAACAGCUGGUGGCAGCAGAUCACAAAAGGACAAGGUUGCUCAGCAGAGCCCAGUGGACCCAGGUGCUGCUGUCUUCGAGCCCAGCACAUGAUCUCUAUCUGUCAGAAACCUGCCUGAGGUCCACACCAGGCCAGGAAGUCCCCAACCCAGAUGCUGGACCCAACUUCAAGAGCAGUAG